AUGACAGAUUCACAAAGUAAGCCACUUUUGUCAACAUCAACAUACAAUGUUCUUCACAAUGAUAAAAUUGGAAGAUACAUGGUGGCAAGUAAAGACCUGGAGGCGGGUGAAGAAAUUCUAUCCGAAAUGCCAUUUGUGGUAGGACCCAAAGCAUCGACAUACCCACUCUGUUUGUCUUGCUUUUCUUCCUGGCCCCAAUCUCCAGAACAAACAUUGUGUUCAAGAUGCAGCUGGCCGGUCUGCAACGAGAAUUGUGCUAACGCUUCAAUCCACAAGGAUUACGAGUGUCCAAUUUUUGCAGCAGUUGGUGAGAAAUUCAACGUUUCUGCUGCUUUGGAAGAAUCCAAUGUCACCAAUGUGCCCCAGCUUGAGUGUAUAACCCCGCUGAGACUUCUUCUGGCCAUGGAAAAAUUCCCUGAGAGAUGGGAGAAGGAAGUUAAGAUUAUGGAGGCUCACAACAAAAAUCGCUCGGACAAGAAGCAAUGGAAAACCGACAAUGUCAACAUCGUUGGCUAUCUGAGAGACAGGUUGAAACUCGACAGGUUCUCUGAAGAAACUAUUCAAACAGCCUGUGGAAUUUUGGAAAUAAAUUCUCAUGAAGUUAAAACUCCCAUGGGAUUCAGUGCUCGUGCUUUGUAUCCAACAGUUGCUAUCAUGAGUCAUUCUUGUAUUUCAAAUACUAGUCAUAGUGUUUGUUCCAAUGACUUUAAAGUAAUUUUACGAACUACUGUAAAAGUUCCUAAAGGCAAAGAACUGUAUGGAAGUUACACACAUUCACUAUUACCAACAUUGAUGAGAAGAGAAAAUUUGUUGGAAGGAAAACAUUUUUCUUGUGCUUGCGCAAGAUGUUCAGAUCCAACAGAAAUGGGAACGCAUUUAUCAUCUUUGAAUUGGAAAUGCACUCAUUGCGAGUUCUCAACAUCAGGAGCAGCUGUAAAAAAAGUAUUCGACGUGAUAAACGCCGAGGUAGAAGCCGCCGAGUCUUACAACGCUCUAGACGGCGCGGAUGCAGUGCACAUCCGCGAGAACAUAAUGAAGAAAUACCACUCUGUUCUCCAUCCUAGACACGCGUUUCUUUCAAUCCUCAGAAUGUCCUUAUCACAGCUUUACGGCCGAGUCGACGAGUACAAUCUCGACGAUCUACCCGACAUUGUUCUUGAGCACAAAAUAGACAUCUGUAAAAUGCUACUCCAGGUCUUGGAUGUCAUUGAGCCAGGGUACACCAGAGCAAGAGCAUUGACACUCUAUGAGCUUCACGCACCAUUACUCUUCAUCGCAAAGUCUCAAUGGAACGCCGGAACUAUCGAUGACGCAGCCCUGAAGUCCAAGAUGACCGAAGCUGCUAGUGUUCUCAAAGACGCGGUCACUAUUUUGAGUUUGGAGCCUUCUGUUACCAUUGAAGGACAGCUUGCCAAUUCUUAUUCUGAUAAACUUGGCCGCUAUUUAAUAGCAGCUAAGAAAAUAGCUCCCGGUGAAGUUAUUCUACGUGAUAACCCAAUAGUUGUUGGUGCUGCGUCUUUCAACGAUAAUUCUCUGUGUUUUUCAUGUUUCCGUGUGAUAGAACCAAAGCCUAUCGGCUUGAAAUUUCCUUGUCCUAAAUGCAAAGUCGCAAUUUUCUGCUCAACAAAUUGUGAGACACGAGAAUCAUUACAUACGCCAGAAGAAUGCAAAUUACUAAAAGACAAAUUAUCUGAGUCAGUAAAUCAGGAUGUUAGAGGAAUAUUGCUGCUGAUUCGAUUGCUGUUGACAAAAAAAAGAAACGCUGAGCUGUGGAACAGGAUAAUUAAUCUUGAAGCUCAUUUGGAGGAAAGAAGAAACACUUAUGUAUGGAAGGAACGUCAAGAAGAAAUAGAAAUUUUAAAGAUGUUUGAAUUUGGUGAAAACGAUGAAGAUCUUCAAAGAUUGUGUGGAAUUAUUGAUGUUAAUUCCUUUGAAUUAAGAUCUCCGGGUUCUCUUGAUUCUGCUUUACGGGGAUUGUAUGCAGAAGCUGCUUUGAUGGCUCAUGAUUGUCGUGGAAACACUCAUCUUACUGUGGAUGAUGAUUUCCAGCUUACUGUUUAUGCAAGUCAGUCUAUCAAUGAGGGAGAGCCUAUUCUAUUUAAUUAUACUUCUUCUUUAUUGAGGUUUUAUUCUGGAGCGCUAAUUAAAACUACGCUCGAAUUGACCAAGAUACGGAUUGAUCAAGCUGAUGAAUCUAGAAUUAAAGAAUUAGAGACCUUAUUGAAGAACUUUUCUGUUAUGUUACAUUCAAACCAUUUUCUGAUGAUGAGUUUGAAACAAAAAUUGCUGGCGUUGUACAGGAAAGAAAUAACUUGCCCGAAUCCGAAGAAAAAAAUUUUGCAACGCAUGAUGGAACUUUGCAAAGGAAUUCUUCAGGUUUUGGAAAUUGUUGAGCCUGGAAUUUCAAGGUUGAAAGGGAUAAUAUUAUACGAAAUUCAUCUACCGAUAAUAAUAAUAGCGAAUAAAGACUAUGCACUUAGAGAAAUAACUUCUGAAGACCUGGCAAAACGGCUUGAAGAAGCUGAAAAUUAUUUAAAGAGAUCACUGAGCAUGCUGCUGAUAGAGCCGGCAUCAACUCCCGAAGGUGUUUUAGCAAAACGCGCUCUUCAAGAAUAUAAAGCACUAAAACAAAAUUUGGAUGACGUUAGAUCGUUACCGCCUUCGUUGGAUUACAAAAAAAUUGAUUUUGAAAUGAUGAAAAAGCGGAAAAAUAAAAAAAUAAAAUAA